CAUGUUCACUGGACCCAACCUGAACCUGAGCAAAGUGGAACGCAGGCAGAUGGGCGCGUACCUCUGCAUCGCUUCCAACGACGUGCCGCCCUCUGUCAGCAAGAGGAUCAUGCUCAAUGUUAACUUUCCGCCAUCAAUUUUGGUAGCGACACAGCUGAUAGGUGUUCCGAGCGGAACACUGGCAAAACUGGAGUGCUUUGUAGAAGCAUAUCCUCAACCUAUCACAUAUUGGCUGAAGGAUGGAGAGCAGAUGAUUUUGUCAAGUGGCAAGCUCGACAUAUCCGAAGACAGAAUCUCUCAGUACCAACUCCGUACUAUACUCACUAUAAAUAGCUUCACUUCUGAAGACAAAGACCCGGGGACAUACACCUGCGUGUCUGCUAAUACUAUGGGGAAAGCAGAAGGACAUUUAAGAGUAUAUGAAAUAAAAAUAACGACUACGACAACAACGACAACCACUACGACUACAACGACCACAACGACAACAACGACGCCACCACCGACUACCACAGAACCGCCGCCACGUUACGUUGUUCCACUCCAACCAGCUGAGCAAAAGUUUUACACGCCAGAUGUGACUACGUACGAUACAAUGCAAAAUGUUAUCGAGCAGUCCGUGCUGGACAAUAACUGGCUACCUACAGCGGACUCAACAGGUUCCAGAGGCCAAGCCUUGUCUCUUCCGUUUCUCGCUAUCAUCUCACUGUUACCACAGUUAAGUAACAUAAUAAAUUUUAGCUCUAAUAUAUUACAUUCAAUUAAUUAUAGGAAUAAAAUAAUAAAAUUCAUCGUCCAUUGUGCAAGAUGAUAAGUUAUAAAAGCUUUUUAAAAAUCUGUCAAUUUAAAUUACAUUAAGAUGUUUAUUUGCUAUGAGUAAAUUAGAAAUCUUUCCAAGUAGAGGCGUCAAGUUGAAUGUAUACUCAGCCACUUGAUAUUACCGCCGUUCAUGUUUUGCAUAAAUUUAUUGUGUACCGUCUAAGAUUUUAGCGGUACAAAUGUAUUUAAUUAUAAUAUUUUUAACUUUUAUUACCUGUAUAUCAAAAUCUAAAGGUUUGCGCUGUCGUACAUGAAUAUUUAUGAAAGAAACAAUUAGAAUAUUGUUACAUAUUCCGCCAAGACUAAUUCAUAAAAGGUUCUCACGUUAGAAUUUGAAUUAAAGGCAACACUUAUUCCUAAUAUUUGUGUGGCUAUUUUGGCAGGCUGUCCGACGUCGUAAAUCUUGAGGAAAUAAUGAAGUACUUUUUCAUUCGGACCUAACGCCUCUGUUUGUGAAGGUUCUUAGGCAAUAAAAAUGAUUAAUUUCACUCGCGCAAUCUGUAACGAGCCAACUUCGCUAGCUUGUUCGAGUGAAACAUAAGUCUGUUAGUUUGUAUUGUCAUCAAAAUGGCGAUAUCACUGGAUUACUAAUAUUCCAAAGGCAUUAAUUUAUUUUUAGUCAUAAGGGUGUAUAAAAUAACUUCUUGUAAAUAGACAUUGCUGGUUUAGCAUAAGUUGUAGCGCAAAGGUCUCAUGAAUUUAGUGAUAAAAUGCCAAAGGUUUCUGAAUAUGGUAUUACCGAUUGGUGCAAAUAAUUGGAGUGUCCUUUUGUACAGAAUAGUUAAUUCAUAAUUCUGGUGUUGGAAAGUAAUUUUAUGUUGGCUAGGUUCCUUCUCUAUUUAAAUAUAGUAAGAUUGAUAUCCGUUUGUAUUGAAUAGUGGAGCAGAAGAGAAGGAAAACUAAUGUAACGAUUGAUACUUCUGAACUGCCCUUAAAAGUUAACAUCGAUUAUAUUUAUGAUGAUUUAUAGAAAAAGCAUAUAGUUAAUUUAAAUUCAAGCAAUAAUCAACAUUAAUACAAAAAAGAAAAGGUAAUCGUGAGCCAGUCCAAAUUUUCCUAUUAAGUUUGAGCGAAUUCUUGUAAAGCGAAAAAGGCAUAAACGAUUCUUGACAUAAUACCAAAGCCUUUAAACGCAUGUAGUACAUAAGGUCUCACUAGAGCAAAUAUUGUUAUUGAUAAUGAUUAUUAUGUUAUAUUGAAAUGCCAAAACAAAGAAUAAGAAAACUCACAGUUUUCUCAAAGUUUGUUUUAUUAAAAUCUCUUAAUGUUAACACAUUAACACAUCAAAAAUAUCUACUCUUAAUCUAAAGCAUAUCAAUAAAUGUAUAAAUAAAUGUACAUAGUAUGUUAAAUGGAAUAAACUAAGUUUCGCUUUGUAAACUUGUGAGUUCUCUGCAGCUGUCUUCAAAUUGUUUUUAAUUCGAUUAAGUUCUCGAACGCGGGCUCUGUUGUCUUGUUGAUACUUUUUAUUUCUUAUUCCUUCUUUAUCUUAGCUGGUUUGUUUAUACAUAACUGCUUGUUUGAAGGAUGUACGAAUUAUGUAAAAAGUAUUUAGAAUGAAUAUUUUUAAUGCAUCAAUCAUUUACUUUGAUUUGAUUUCCUAGCCUGACUAACAUAUUGUGAUAAUAUAUGGAACUAAUCUCUUGUGCACUGACAAUUAAAAAUGAAAACACGAAAAGCUUUUCCUAAAGCAGGUUUUUUAUUUCCUAGUAAGGCAACAGGCUUUAAUAGUAAAUAUGAACGUGCGACUUACGAAUGGUUUGUAAUAAUUAAAUACCAACUAGCUCAUCACUUUAAGAGUCACAAUAACUAUUGUAAUUAAAAGUUCUAAAAUAACACAUUUAAUUAUGCACCGCUGCCAUCGAACUCUGUGUAUGCAUUCAAAAUUAAUUUAUGCUUCCACCGCUACAAUCUAAACGGCUAAAUUAUUUUAAUAUAAGCGUUAUUUAGUUUUAGGGGAAUGUUAUGUAAAUAUUGAAGGUACUUAGGUAUUUAAUUAGAUAAGAUUGAUUUAUGGACGCCACGAAUAAUUGUACAUAUGGAUAUGAAUAAACUGACGAUUUAUAAAUA